AUGGCAGACGACGUGCGGCAUUCGAUGCUUCCCAUAGACCCCAUCUCGAGGCCAUCUUCAACCUCGACCCAGAAUUCGUCCCUCCAUCACAAUGCUUCGUUGCCGCAGCUCCCUGGCCUUUCCGCUCUAGCAUCUCUUGCAUCUUCGUCCAAUACUCCACAACUGAGGGCGUUCAAUGCAGGACCAACUGCCAUGAGCUAUUCAAGUCCAUCGGCGACUACGGGCGGUGGUCAAAACAAUUCACCGCCUAUCUGCGGAAACUGUGCGACUUCGACGACCCCUCUCUGGCGCCGCGACGAGGUCGGAUCGGUGCUCUGCAAUGCCUGUGGCCUGUUCCUGAAGUUGCAUGGACGACCUCGGCCGAUAAGCCUCAAGACAGAUGUUAUCAAAAGUCGCAACCGCGUGAAGAGCUCUGGCUCGACACAGGGUGCGAAGAAGAAGCCCCCCUUCGAUACAACUGGCCUCGAACAGGCGCGAUCGCAAGGAGGAACACCACCUCCCGGAUCUCUGGGUCAUCGGCGCACCUCUCAAAAGUCUGUCAACGGUCACUCCGAUGGAUCAAACUCCCCAAUCUCACGGACCGGCACGCCGUCCAUGUACGGUAGCCAUCUGCCACCGUUCAAUGGCCACUCCCUCGAUGACCACUACAACCACCACUCCCCAUCUCUCCCACCUAUGCACCUCCGCCAACCGUCGCCUGGACGAUCCGCCUCCCCGUUGAACAACCACGGCCUCGAGCUACCCCAAACAUACGAGCAGCUGAUUGCAUCAAACUCGUCGCUCAAGACUCGCGUCAGCGAACUUGAAGUCAUCAAUGAGCUCUUCCGGGGCCGCGUAUCGCAACUCGAGCAGGAUGAGAACAACGCCAGACGCGGGGAAGAGAUGCGCCACAAGUCGGAACAAGACCUUAUGCGACGCCUGGAGGAGUCGCAGCGCAGAGAGAAUCAGCUGAAGCACCGACUCGAUGACGUUGAGGCCCAAAUCAGCGAGCUCCGAGACGGCGUUCCACCGGCAAAGAAGAUGCGUGUGACAGACAUGGUGGGAGGCGCCAUGAUCGGAGGGGGUGUGGUGAGUGGCAGCAUGGCUGGCGGCAGCGGGUCCUCAACACCGCAGUGGGGGCAGGGGUGGCUUCUCUCUUGCUUCUACAUGCAUGAUACCACCAAUAACGACUUUCCUAUUCUGUUUUCUCCGGGGCUCUUCUCCUAUCUGGGAAUGGAGACCUCUGCCGGAGUUUCUUCUACCAAUGUCAGUAUUGUACCAUUAUCAACACCACCACGCCUGAAGAACGUUUCGAAUUUUUCACUUGCACCUAAAAUAAAAUCAUGGCGACGCCCUUGCGUCGGUAAAAUUUUGAUCUGGCUUCUAUCCUGGAGGCGAGAGCAGAGGCAGGGCCGGAGGAGGGGCGGGGGGAAGGGGUCUAAUCUGGGAGAAGGUGAUUUCCGGACGGAAUGUGGGAGAAGCUACGUGUUGAUGGAUACAUGGACGGCAUAG